CCAGAGAUUCUCGAGGACUUCGGUGAUGAGACGUACACCCACAAGGUGGACAUCUACGCCCUCGGAAUCCUCAUGGCGAAUAUCAUCAAGCUCCAGCCACCCUACCACGGCUUCACGAGUCUCCGUUUCCAGCUGAAUCAAUACAUCCUGUCCGGAGGCAGACCGGCCAUCCCACCGGAGGACAAUCCAACCCUUGAACUGAGAGCAGUUCUGUGUGGUUGCGAUCUGAGAUGGAACUCGCCAUUGUCCCCAUCCGUCUCAUCCAAGUGGUCAAUGAAGCCCCUUUGUUACCCCAACCACGCCGAAAAGCUGCUCUUGCGCAUCUCCGAGAAUUCUCCUAAUGAAAGUAAACGAAUUCACGCCAAUCAGUCGGGUGUACUCACUUCCACCUGCUGCGCCCGUUGGACAUCGCACUCUCAGAGCACAUGA